AUGCUCCAGCCCAGCAACUACAGCCUGGUGCUGUUCCUGCAGUUCCUGCUGCUCUCCUACGACCUCUUCGUGAAUUCCUUCUCGGAGCUGCUCCGCACGGCUCCGGCCGUGCAGCUCGUCCUCUUCAUCAUCCAGGACAUCGCCAUCGUCUUCAACAUCAUCAUCGUCUUCCUCAUGUUCUUCAACACCUACGUUUUCCAGGCGGGAUUGGUCAACCUCCUCUUCCAUAAGUUCAAGGGAACCAUCCUGCUCUCAGCAGCCUACCUGGCGCUCAGCAUCUCCUUCCACAUCUGGAUUAUGAACCUGCGCUGGCGCGACUCCGGCCGCUUCAUCUGGACUGAAGGCCUCCAGACCCUGUUCGUUUUCCAGAGGCUGGCGGCCGUGCUCUACUGCUACUUCUACAAGCGGACAGCUGUGCACCUGGGAGACCCCCUCUUCUACCAGGAUUCACUCUGGCUUCGCAAGGAAUUUGCCCACUUCCGUGGCUGAUGGAUCCCCGGAAUCCCCUGGAGUCUCUUUGCACCCCACAGGCUCUGUUAGGGUCGGCUCUGGCUCCUCCUUCCUCUGGGGAGCAGUCCUUGGGAUUUUGGGAGUCAGUGGGAGGCUUGUGGGGCAUCCCUGCGUUUCAGUGCCACAGCCUCAGUUGGGACUGGAAUGUUUCUGGAAACCCCAAAGGAAUAAAUUGGAUGUGUUUUCCA